AGUUACGAAGGGUUCCUGGACACGUGGAACAUCUGCUCCCUCUUCCUCGGACUGGGUAACCUGCUCGUCUGGUUCGGCUGCCUGCGCUACCUUGGCUUUUUUGAGACUUACAAUGUGCUGAUUUUGACCCUCAAGAAGUGCUUCCCAAACGUGCUGCGAUACUCCAUAUGCAUCCUGAUGGUGUUUGCUGGCUACUGCCUCUGUGGCUGGCUUGUGCUUGGACCCUACCAUCUUAAGUUCCGCUCGUUCUCAUCGACAAUGGAGUGUCUGUACUCGCUCAUCAAUGGGGAUGAUAUGUUUGCGACUUUCUCAUCGACGUCAGGCAAGGACCCCGUCGUGUGGUGGUUCUCACGCAUCUACCUGUACUCGUUCAUCUCUCUCUUCAUCUAUGUUAUUCUCUCUCUCUUCAUUGCAAUCAUUAUGGAUGCUUAUGAAACAAUUAAGAAAUACUAUGACGACGGCUUUCCUGAGUCGGAUCUAAUGGUGUUUGUGAAUGAGUGCACAGAAGAGCCCACCAGUGGUGUCUUCCAUGACGAUGGUGACCGCACUAUCCAUGAUGUCAUCAACUCGUUCUGUUGCUGUGGACAUGAAAGAAGAAGUGAUACCCAGGAGUAUGAGCCUCUAAUCACGUAGACAAAGGUGUUUGCAACUACUUGCUAGCCAUGCAUGUGCUUACAGUACCAAGCCAUGUUCUCUACAAUCUUUGUUGUGAUUCACACCAAAUGAGAUUUCAGGAGGCACAUGUUUAUCCUUGUCCUCCUCUCCCCCUUUCUGCCACCUCUCUCUCCUGCAUAACUUCCCUUCCCCCUUAUUUUCUCCACACCUUUUCCUAUUCCCUCCUAACCCCUUCCUCCCCUGUGCCCUUUUAUCUCUGCUUCCAUUCCAUUUUCAUACUCAUAUUAUAAUUGAUAUAAUUUUACUACGACUACUAUUACUGCCACCAUUACUCGAUAUAUUUUUAAUUUGCACUGUGAUGAUGCAUCUGGGGUGAUGCGCUGACCUCCUGUUGUAAAUACUUGCAAUUGCUCCACUGAAAUACCAUAUUGUUUACAUGUUAUUAUUUUUAUAUAACUUUCCUGACUGUAUUAGCUUCGUUUCUCACAGUUAUAUUCAUUGUAUCUACUAUAUGAUAUAUUUACCUCUCCUCCCCCUUUCCCCACCAAAAAAAUAAUGGAGUAAAUAUACCCAUUCCAAUUUUCUCAUCUCAUCCUUAUAAGCAACUGUGUUAUUACUUUUACAGUCUUAAAUACUAGUUUACUGCCAGUCAUUACACAAGCCAAUAGUUAUGGGAUUUCUAAUCCUAUUUAUCUCUGAUUGUUUUUCUUUAAGUGUCCCUUUCAGGCAAUGAAUCUUGAUUGGAAACCUUUAUUGUAAUCCUCAUUGGCAGCAUUGAGUUCCUUUCGUUAUAUUUAAUGGUAUUUUAGUCAAGAUUUUUUUUCUUUUGUUUAUUGUUUUCUGUGAUUUUUUACAUUAAGUAUUGGCUAGUAUGUUCCUCUUUUUUCUUCUAAGGCAUCCUUAGACUAGCCUAUGUCUUCUUUUUCUCUCUCUUUUCUCUCUUCUUUUUUAGGGUUGGAAUUAAGUCUCUGAUUUAUAGAAUUUGAUUUGAUGAUUUGACAAUUGUGCUUCAUAUGAAGGGUUGAAAAAGAGGAAAAAAAGUAGAAGUUUUGACAUGGCUCCAAAUUUCUGUACUUUGCACUAAUAAAGACACUAGUCUCCAUAAUAGAGUGGAAAAGACAACCAGCUUUGAUGCAGUCUGUUAACUAGUACAUACUGCAGUUAUUAGUAUGCCAUCACAUUUACCAGUCACUGAACAUUUAAAAAAAGUUUAUGAAGAUGUUUGAAAGAGUAUUUUGUACUUUUUUACUUCCACAGUUUUGAGUGCUUUGCAGUAAGAGCAAUAGGUUAUCAAAUUAGAUGACAGGCAUAAAGUGUUUCCACAAUUAGCUUUCUAUCUGUAUAUGACUGUCAUGCCAAGGACCAUAUGACAAACAGCUCCUCGAUGCUGUGUCUCUGAAUCUGGAGUUUUGAAUUUUAUCUCAUUAGGAAAUGCAUUUGUAUUAGGGUGGCUUUAUGGUGUUUCUUUUCUCUUUCUGUAAUCAUGUAUGGCUUUUGGUAUAUAGCCAUAUUUUCCUUGAGAUGCAUCUGGAAUAUCUGUCAUUUGGCCAAAGUAAAGCUUUUGCAUUGUUAGUAAUUGAAUACUUAAACUAUUUUUCCCAUGCUAUGACUAUGCCAUCCAUUGGUGUAUUUUACCCCAUGUGAUUUUCAAGUAACUGCUGUAUACAUAUUGUGAUAUAUUAGUCACAAAUUGAAACUGCUGCAUGUGGCUGACAUUUUAUAUAUCUUGUAGAAGUUCGUUUUUAUGAAUUGGAAAAUGGAAAUAAAUAUGGUAAGAAAAAAUAAUUUAAAACAUGUUAGUCUACGAUUUAGGAAUUGUUGGUAACGGGAUAAUGCUCAGGUCUUGUUAGUUUCUUGAUUUUAUUAAUUAAUAUUACACUUCUAUUGUGUGUAAAUGUUUAUGUUCACCCAAGUGUGAGUCAACCACUUAUUUUUAUCUCAUUUAUAUAUAUCUGUAUCAUUUGUAUAUUUCAUGUCAUUGAAUAAUAUGUUUGUAAAUAUUUGCAUGCAUUAGGACACUACUGAGAGGCUGUAUAGAGUUGACGCAUAAAUGCAUGCCAAUGUGUACAUGUACCAGGUAUUAAACUAAAGGUAUUUUAUGUUCACUGUAUUUUUCUUUUCAUUAUUUUGUUAUAUUCAUUGUAAAAAUAACAGGAUCUGUUUUAUAAUGAUAUGACAACCCAAAUGCAAAUAAAAAAAAAAGUUAAGUAACUUAUUUGAUUUCCUGAAUAGUAUAUAGCAUUUGUGAAACUGGAUCUUUGUGAUAUCCAGAAAUGAUAGUAUUACCUAAUAUAUAAAGGAACAAUUUUGUUCAUGUCAUUGCUACCAGUAGGAAGCAAACUAUAAAGUAUUAGACAGCAGGUGUAUGGACAGGAAAGGGCAAAAAAACACAGAACAGUGGACAAAUAACAUAAAUGAAAUAUUUUUAUAUGAUAUGGUAUCCAUCUUUGUAAACAAUGAACCAAUGCAGAAGACGGAUAUAGUUUAACCUAUUGUCACCAGGAACAUUAUAAUGCUUACUGUAGUUUUGUUUUGUGAAAAGUUACACAUAGAUGACUCUACAAAGCCUACUUUCCCUUAUAGUUUUCUUUUGUUUUUUUAUGGUACUGAUAUGGAUGCAUUAUUUUAUUGAUGCUAUGAUUCUUAUAAUUACUAACAAUACUGAUAGCCACAAAAAGAAAGAAAAAAAAAUCAAAGCAAAGGAUAAACAGGUAAGACUAGUAAUUGAAUCCUUGGUGACUAAGUACUUGUGGAGCCAUGUAUGUGUAAAGACAAUAAAUAAACAGGCAUGUGUGGCAUGUCGUCACUGGUGGCAGGGGGUCAAAAAAUGUUUAGUUGAUUAUAUGAUAUAUACUUCUUUGUGUAAGAGAAAAAAAGGAAAAUUAUGACUAUUUUUUUAGGCAUAGAAAAUCUUUAUAAGUCUUGAAAGAAUAAAAUGAAAUGGAAAUGAAGAAGCUUGAAUGACAUGUCAUGGAAAAGCCUUGUAAGCUAAAAAAAAAAAAAAAAUUACAGAUAUUUUUGUGCUAAAGUUAGUGAUCUUUGUCUGAAGUUCGUAGUUUUAUAUUAUUAACAUUCCUGCAAGAUUAUUAUGGAUAUCAUGUUUUUUAUUUAUGUAUUUAUUGUAUAUUUUUUCAGAAGACCAAUUUCUGGAGACUAAAAUGGUAAUUAAUUUUUAAUCAAAUGUAAACAUUCAUAUAUUUACAUAUUUUCAAUACAGAGCUGUUCAGCUGUGACAUUUCCUGUAAUCAUUAGGCUCAUUAUUUUAAUCCUGUUUCAACAAUAUAAGUAUCGGUGCUUUUGGAAAUAUAUUUUAUAGAAUCUAAACACCAGAUUUUUGCAUUAUUUUUUUUAUCUUCAGUAAUACUAUUGUUUCUAUAGAUGAACUAUUUUACUUACCUGUUUUAGACCAAACUUAUACUUUACUCAUUCCAGUAACUUGGAAAAUAUUCAUGAUAAAUCUUCAUGUUACAGAUUCAUUCACAUCAUCAUCAUCAUCAUCAUCAUCAUAACUGAUAGGAUAGCAUAGGAGUCGAUAAGUAAGAGAGAUUAUAGCCUACACUAAAGCAGUCAUAAUACUUUACCUUGUGCUUGCCAUGUUGUAUAUUCAUUUGUAAAUAUUCCUGUGAAAUACAUUCCUGUAAUUACUGAAUGUCAAAGUCAGUAUUUUGAGGAUGGCUUCCUGUUUAAUCAUUUCAAACAAUAUGAGAGAUCUGGAGCAUAUCUGAUGUGAUUAAAAUGUAUUUUUGUUUCUUUAAUUUUUAAUUUUUCAUAGAAUCAAGAACAUGGGUCUUCCCAGCGAUGGAUUAUUUUUAUUUUUCUGGAAAUAUUACUUGGGACUUCUUGUUCUUGACAUUUUUUUAUUUUUAUUUCUCCAUUUUAUCCCUUUUCCUUCUCUGUAAAUUUCUUGUAGUGUCUCUCCUUAAAAGACUUUUUGUUCAUAAAAAAGAAUCAUUUCAUUAAAUGAAUUUCCUUCCUUUAGCUGAUUUCUUAAAAUGCAUUCAUUCAUAAAAAGAGAGACAGACAUUUAUAUUAAUUUCUUUCCCAAACUGAAUUUAAUAUUUCAGAAUUAAUUUUAUUUAUUAUCUUUUAUUUAUAUUUUCUUUUUCAUUCACCAUUAUAUGCUGCUCGUCCAUUCCUCCUGUUUAAUCAUUAUUUAAAGGUUUUAUUUUAUUGUGUAGCAAUUGAAGAAAAUCUGUGGAAUAAAUUGCUGAAUGAAGAGGAAGAAACGGUUUGUGUGUGACAAGAAAACGUAUUACAUAUAAUUACAUAUACCAAUGCAUGUCUGAAAAUAUAGAGAGUGUAUUACUCCAUUUCUAAAUAAAGUGAAGAAAUAAA